AUGUCAGCGAUGGACUUUGAUGAACUCCUGAACCUAGAAGAGCAAUAUUACCAGGAGGGCUUCAAGGAGGGUCAAGAGCAGAAUCUGGAGAAUAAUUUUCUCGAGGGUAAGCAAUUUGGACUCCAAGUAGGGUUUCAGAGAUUUGUUCUGCUGGGCCACAUGCUUGGAUUAUGUGACUUUUUGGAGUCAUUGAAUAUGGCUAGUACAAAUCUAACUAAGAAUAUUGCUACCAUUCGUGAACUUAUAGAAGGAAUUGACAUGAGCAACGACGAAGAAGAAGUUGAAAAUUUAGAAAAGACAAUAGUGAAACUAAAAAAUAAGUUCAGAACCAUUCUGUUGUUGUUCCAGAGGCAGAUGAAGCAGGCAAAGAAAAAGCCUUUGACGUUCGACGAUAUCGAGGAUUUAUCGAGGGUUAUUGGCGGUGAAAUCAAAGGUUUCGUCGAAGACGAAGAGACUACAGAUGCCAAGACCGCCCAAGAUCAAGCACAAGACUGGUAA